CCCACCAACACAACGGUCCCGUGAUCUCACCGCCCCAGACCCCAGAGUUGAUGCCUUCCUCCCAAUAAUCGUCGGCCCUCUCCUUCUCCCACCGUCCUCCCCCAACUUCCCCCGCCGCCGAGCAACCCCGCGUGCACAUCAGCCAUGAGCGACUUCAAGCUGUCAGCUACUCUGCGCGGCCACGAAGACGAUGUCCGAAGCGUCGCCUUCCCCUCCCCCGCCUCGGUCGUGUCCGCUUCUCGAGACUUCACAGUGCGCGUGUGGUCGCAGCAAACCGCCAAGCCGCCAACAUGGGACAGCACCAUCAAGACACACGGCAAGGAGUUUGUCAAUUCACUCGCCAUUGUGCCGCCGACAACGGCGUAUCCCGAGGGUCUGAUUGUCUCGGGCGGCAAGGACCAGAUCAUUGACGUGCGACAACCGAGCAAAAACCUGGACGAUGACGCCGAGGCUCUUCUGAUAGGGCACGGCAACAACGUAUGCGCACUCGACGCUAGCCAGGACGGAAAAUACAUUGUGAGCGGCGGCUGGGACACGGAGGCGCGCCUGUGGGAGGUCGGCAAGUGGGGCGAUUCGAAGCUCCUUCCUGGCCACGAGGCGUCUGUGUGGGCCGUUCUUGCCUACGAUAGCAACACCAUCAUCACGGGAUGCGCCGACAAGAAGAUCCGCAUCUUCCAGACCUCAGGGAAGCAGGUGCAGUCAAUACAGGCCCCCGAAGUCGUGCGCGCCCUGUGUCGACUGCCUGCAAACCAUGCCUCGGGCGCACACUUUGCCUCCGCUGGCAACGAUGCUAUCAUCCGCUUAUGGACUCUAAAUGGAAGGCAGAUAGCUGAGCUUCACGGUCACGAGAACUUCAUCUACUCGCUGGCAGUGCUGCCCAAUGGCGGACUGGUGAGCGCAGGCGAAGACCGGACAGUGCGGGUAUGGGAAAAGAACCAGUGCAUACAGACCAUCACACACCCAGCGAUUUCCGUAUGGACGGUUGCUGUGUGCCCAGACAAUGGCGACAUUGUCACCGGUGCGAGUGACAAGCUCGUUCGCAUCUUCACCCGCGAGCCAGAGCGGCUCGCCUCCGAGGCCGAGAUCCAGCAGCUCAACGACGAUGUCAAGGGCUCAUCGAUACCACAGCAGACCGUUGGAGACAUCAACAAGGAGAAGCUCCCAGGACCCGAGUUCCUGACCCAGCGAUCGGGCACCAAGGAGGGCCAAGUCCAGAUGAUCCUCGAAGCAAACGGCAAUGUCUCGGCAUACCAAAUGGUCGGCACUGUGGUUGACUCGGCAGGCAGCGGUGGACGCAAGGUAUCGCAUAACGGCAAGGAGUACGACUAUGUGUUUGAUGUAGACAUUGAGGACGGAAAGCCACCACUCAAGCUUCCUUACAAUCUCAACCAGAACCACUACGAAGCUGCGCGAAAAUUCAUCGAGGACAACGAGCUACCCCUGACCUACUUGGACCAGGUGGCAAACUUCAUCGUCCAAAACACACAGGGCGCAACGUUGGGGCAGGCUGCCGGACCAGGUGCAGAUCCAUGGGGUUCAGAGUCGCGAUACAGGCCAGGCGAUGCGAACCAAGUCUCACAGGCGCCCCCAACACCUGCAGCCCCAAAGAUUCUUCCCCAGAAGGAGUAUCUCCCCAUCGCAUCAGGAAACCACAAGGUCAUCUUCAAGAAGCUGCAAGAGUUCAAUCAGGCAUUGAUCGAUGAGGGGCACAAGGGCAUCUCGCUCAAUCCUUCCGACGUAGAACAACUGAGCACCACCGUAUCAGCAGUAGAGAAGGGUAAUGGAAAGGGUGUCGAUCUUACAGGCAUUGAUCUCCUUCUCAAGGCAGCGACACAAUGGCCGGCAGAAAAGCGACUGCCCGCGCUAGACAUGCUUCGGCUUGUUCUCAUCUUCGAAGAGCCGACAGCACACAUUGUUUCGCCUGAACAGAACUUUGUCUCGUCGCUCACCGAGUCUGGCGUCUUCACCGAGUCAUCACCACCAAAUAACACCAUGAUGGCUAUCCGUUGCGUCAGCAAUCUGCUCCAGACGGACAAGGGCCGCAUGCUGGCGAGCACUGAGUUCGAUCAGAUACACCCACUGCUGUCGUCAUUUCUGACAUCAUCAAAUCGCAACCUCAUCAUCGCGCUGACGACCCUCUACAUCAACUACUCGGUUCUGCUUACGUCAGAGAACAACGCGGACCGCGCCUUGUCGCUUCUGGAUGACCUGUCCAAAAUUCUUACCUCAGCUACCGACUCGGAAGCCGUUUACCGCGCUCUGGUCGCCACUGGUACACUUCUGUCUCUAGGGCCCGACUUCUGUGAGGCUGGUAGAGACAUCCUCCAGAUUGGCGAUGCGGUCUCGCACGCAGAGCGCAAGGUCAAGGAGCCGCGGAUAAGGAACGUCAUCGCGGAGAUUCGCGAGAAGCUGCAGGGCUGAAUUAGAACCGCCUUGUCAGGCUCCGACGGUUCGAAGGGAAAGACACGUGCAAAGCGCGUCUAGACCUAUGCACUAGUCGCCAAUACGCAUUGUGGAGGAAUGUAUCAUACAGGUAUUUUGGCAUAGACGGAUUGAAUGAGUAUGAAAGCGGAACGAGCAAGCAUCCUGACGGCAUUUUUCAGCGAGCAAGUAGUAGCAUCACACCGCCAUGAAGGCUUGAGAUAGCGGCGAAUAACGAAGAAUUGAUCAAAAC